AAAAAAAAUCAGGUAUACUCCAACACGAAAUCUGAAGUUUGUAAUUGGGAACCCUAAACCAAAAUCCUUCAGCUCUUUUCAGGUUUCAACCAUGAGUAUGACCCAAUUCGCCAUGGUUGAGGAAUUGGCUUCUCUGGUCAAGGACAACCUUCAUUGCAAGCAUUUAGUGCUCACAAUGGAAGAAACCUUGGUCAAGUUUCUUCAGGAUGAUGACACAAGAUGGGAUCUUGGAAUUGGAGCCAAUGAACUCUUACAACCGUCUUCUUUUGCAUCGCCUUGCUGAGAUAUUUGGGUUUGCACAUGAGUCUGUUGGUGAAGGAGAUGAUCGCCAUUUAAUUCUUGAGAAAUGUCCAGACACAUCCAUACCUCCAAUCCUUGUAAGCGAUAUCCUAUGGGGUUAUGAUGAACCCCAAUCUUUAAUUACAUCACAUCAAAUAUUAAGGAGAGAAGACCCCUCCCCAGUCUUACAAACAAACAGAACCUCCUUUCCCCUGUCACUGGAAGAGAGAAAAGCGGCUUAUUUGGCUGCUCGGGAGAGAAUUUUCUGUGAGAGUUUGGAAGAGGUAAAAGAGCCUGGUGGACAAAAGCAGCGAAGUGUGCCUGUGGUUGCCCACCGCAUGAUUGCACAUGCAUUAGGUCGAAGAAUGAACACGGAGAAUCAAAAUGUCUUAGCUAGUGAUAGUACAAAGGACAAAAUGCUCAUGGAUGAAUUGAAUGCUCGGAGAGAGAAUGGCGCAGGGCCCAAUCCCAUGGAGAACUCGGAAGAGUCAAUACCUCAAAGAAGGAACUCAAACAGUAGAAUAAGAAACACUAGCACUUAUGGUGGAGCUGCACUUAAUAAAAGGGAUGAUCAAACACUGCUGGACAAAGAUUUCCCCAAAUCAACUCAAGAUGGAAAACAAGCACCUAAGUUGAGUAAAGACUGCAUGAAGGAGGAGCACAUAGGAGCUGCGAAGAGAAUGUUUGCUCAUGCAUUGGGGGUGCACUCCGGGACAGUUCCUAGAAGUAGAGAUGGAGAGACAAAGAAGAAUUAAGCAAAGGAUGAGGUUGUUCUUUUCCUUGAAGUGUAAGUUGAGAAAUCUUUUUCUGAAGCAGAAGAUACUGUGUCUAAGAAGGGACUCCCCCAUUGUUUUAGCAUGUUUUCACAUGAUUCCCUGACAUAAUCUCAGGAGAUCCAUACAGGAGAUACUUGUAUCAUGUUGGUGGCUAAGUACAGCCCUGAUUGUGCUGGAAUAAUUUGAGUAGCAGCCGAUUUCCAGUGUCGGAAGAACCCUCUUUUUGGAGUAGGGAAGGAAAAUCCAGUUGACGAGAUAUGUUUUGGAAUGUUAUCCAGAUGUUGUAAGACAGGGAAGCUGCAUUGUCAUUCUGAUGUGUAUUAUAUUGUGUUGUAUAACUACUUGAAGUGGAAAAAAGUAAGAGGGUGUUUGGGGUGUCAUGAAAUUGGUGUGCAAAUAUCACUAGUCAAUGACAGAUAUGUGAAUUUUAUCUUGUUUCAAGA